GCGCCGCGCGGGGUCGGCGGUCCGCGGGCUCAGGCGCGGUGGCCGGCGGGCGUAGGGCAGGAUGUACACGCUGCUGUCGGGCCUGUACAAGUACAUGUUUCAGAAGGACGAGUACUGCAUCCUGAUCUUGGGUCUGGACAAUGCCGGGAAGACGACCUUUCUGGAGCAGUCAAAAACCCGGUUCAACAAGAACUACAAGGGGAUGAGUCUAUCCAAAAUCACCACCACCGUGGGUUUAAACAUUGGCACUGUGGAUGUGGGAAAGGCUCGCCUCCUGUUCUGGGACUUAGGGGGGCAGGAAGAGCUGCAGUCUCUGUGGGACAAGUACUAUGCAGAGUGCCAUGGCGUCAUCUAUGUCAUUGACUCCACCGACGAGGAGAGGCUCUCGGAGUCCAAGCGAGCAUUUGAGAAGAUGGUCACAAGUGAGGCGCUGGACGGUGUCCCCAUCCUGGUGUUGGCCAACAAGCAGGAUGUCGAGGCUUGCCUCUGCAUCCCUGACAUCAAGACUGCCUUCAGCGACUGCACCUCCAAGAUCGGCAGGCGUGACUGCCUGACCCAGGCCUGCUCGGCCCUCACGGGCAAAGGGGUGCGCGAAGGCAUUGAGUGGAUGGUGAAGUGCGUCGUGCGGAACGUUCACCGGCCGCCGCGGCAGAGGGACAUCACGUAGGCGCACUGGCGCCCGCUGGCGCACAGCUCAUCCCCAGGUGCCAGAGGAGCACUCCUGCUGGCAUGGGGCCGCCGAUCCUGGGGGUUGGGUUUGCUUUGCCUUUUGGUUUUUCCAUUUGCUUGUUUUUUCUGUAAGACAAACUUUUCUCUGUGUCUGGAAAA